AUGACGUCCACAAUCGGCAUCCCGAUCAAGCUCCUCAACGAGGCCCAGGGCCACAUUGUCACCCUCGAAAUCACCUCCGGCCAGACCUACCGCGGCAAGCUCCUCGAUGCCGAGGAUAACAUGAACGUUCAGCUCAAGGACAUCACCGUAACGGCCCGCGACGGCCGCGUCUCUCACCUCGACCAGGUGUACAUCCGCGGCUCCCACGUGCGCUUCUUCAUCGUCCCCGACAUGUUGCGCAACGCCCCCAUGUUCCGCAGCCGCAAUGUCCGCGGUCGCGGUGUUGGUCUGGCUCGUGGUCGUGCGACAGUCAGUCGUGCGCGCGCGAGUGGACGUGGAGGACGGUAA